CUUUUUAGAGCUGUGAACUCUAAACCAGCUCUCCCAGUUUCUGCUGACACAGCCAGUGUCCUCCCUCACUGCCUUCAUCAGCUGUUAGCAUCAGAUGAGCCAGUGUGACAGUUAAGCUAACGUCAUCCGUCUGUGUGGAGCUGCUACAGGAUACAAUGUGCUGCACACCAGAAGAGCAAAGGAUAAAUGAAGGCUUUGUGUUUCAUGUUGCUUCACAUUGAAUUCUUACAGGAUGUGUUUGAAUGGAAAAUUAAUCUGCAAAGAAAAACCGCGCAGCUGUCUUCACUGUAUCGGCGCCACGGUUCAUUUAUCGUGACUGACGUGGAUACAAAGUAAACGGCAUCGUUCUUCUGCUGUUGAUAUUUCUAUAUUUAAUGUUGCCGUCCGCGUGCCAGAAUAUUGAUGAGCCGGGCUUAUUAUUGUUGUUAUUGUUUUUGUUGUUGUUUUUAAUCCUUUUGAGGUCAAAGUGGAGAUUCUAGUUGUUCAGAGACAAACCUCCUCAGUCAGUGAACUCGUGCUUCAGAGACGGUUUUUAUUACAAAGGAAAUGAUUCCUGUUCUGGCACAAAACCACACAAACAAUGUGCCAAGGUGUCUGUGGAAAGGACGUUUCUACACAGACGAGCUUUCAAGUCCUGUUUUCAUAGUUUCAUAUUAUUCUUUAUAUUUCUGGUUUUAUUGUGAAGCACUUUGACUUGUAUCUAUGAAUCAUGCUGUGUGAAUACAAUCAACUAGACAUGCUAGUAGUGACGUUUCGUGAAGCAGCGAGAGACGAGCGUCGUGACGUUACCGACAGAAAUGACACGUUUAUUAUUGUCACGUGGUGUCUGACGUUUUGCCUGAUUAUUUGUAUCCUCUGUGUCUUUACUGUAUGAAGAGCCAAGAUUCCAACGCUUCGGGAGUAAUAAGUUAUUAAAGGAAGUGUUCGGGAACUAAAAAUCAAGAAUGGCAGAUGCAAGGUUAUCAGCGGUUCCAUCCUCGUACAAUAAAGAGGAUGUGUUGCAUGACACGUGUUUCAUAAAGCCAUCUACACUAAGCUUGUUGUAAAGGAUGCAACAGCCGUGGCAGUUCGUCUGGAAUCAAGUGUAAUCUGCACGUUCCGACUUUAUUCUCAAAAUAAUCACUGAUAUUGUUCCUAAUGUGGCCCUAAUGCUCCCAGCUGCACUCUUAUCUCGUGCUGUGUCCACCUGGGCAGGUGUGUCUUGAAAGAACACUUCCUGUUGAACUUUGGACAGAGAUUUCUGUCAUGGCUGCGGAGGAACUCGACAGAAUUCAUGUUAUUACAAAGCUGUCGAAUCAGGCCCUGCACGAGUAUGAGGAUCUUCAGAGAAAGCAAGAAACUACAGCCAUGGAAUUCAAGAGGCUGGAAGAGGAGCGAGACGAGGCGAUGAAGAAGCUCUCUGAGUUCCAGCAAGUCUCUCAGAUGGUCAUUGAAGAGGUCAGCGCCAUCCAGGAGAACCUGGAGAUUGAGCGAACGUGCAGAGAAAGUGCUGAAGCGCUGGCCUCCAAGCUGGACAGGCAGAACCGCUCUCUGAAGAGGAAGAGUAUGAUGUUGCUGUCUCACAUCAGCCCUGAGACCAUCGCUGACAUCGACCUCAAUGAUGAAGCAGAAGAGAGUGAGGACCUGCAUGCAUCAAGCCACGACUGCCUGUCUCCUCAGUGCUGCACCUCCAUCUCAGUGCUGCAAAAUAAGUUGGAGAUGACAGUUAAGGAGAAAAAUCAAGCACUCUCUGAUCUUGAGGCAGUAAGAGAACAACUGAGGGCGACCAAGGAGGAACUGCUGAAGGAGAAACAUGAUAAUACUCUUCUGAUUGCGGAGACUCUUCGGCAAAAGAAGCUGCUGGGGAAAUAUCACAGAGUGUCUCAGUUAGCUGUGGAGGAAUAUGAAACUUUACACGACACCUUCAACCUGGAGCGAGAUCUGAGGACCGAGGCAGAAAAAUAUGCCAGAGCUAUGGUGGUCGAGCAAAAGAAGCUGAAGAGACAUAGUCAGAUCCUGAUGCAGAGCUCCUCACCAAGUCAGGCUCUGCAGGAUGCCCUCAGCCAGGUGACCCGACUGACAGAGGAACUGGAGACACAGAGGCUGGAGCACCAGAGCCAGAUAAAGACGAUGGAGGACAUGCUGGGGAGCAGCGAAACUCAGAGGGAGCUUAUAGCAUUGAGGCACUCACUGGAGCUCCUGGAGGAGGAGAAGAAGGAGUGCAGCAAUAAAUGCUCCAAGGCUGAACUGGAGCUCAAGGAUCUGAGGUUUACAGUUGAAGAGCUCCAGAAAAAGCUUCAGGCCGCUACCAACCCACCCCCAGCUCCAACACCUCCACCUCCACCUCCUCCACCUCCUCCAGCCCUGCCUUCAACCACGAACCCACUCAGCACACUGGUAUCACUGAUUCGAAGGAGAAGAGGCAUCAGAACCGACAUCCCGCUGGUGGAACAGGACUCUGCCAAGACACCAGAAGUGGAUGUCAGGCAGCAGGCAGUGGAGGAAAUGAUGCAAAGGAUUAAGAAAGGUGUUCAGCUUCGACCUGUCAACCAAUCACCCAACAGCGGCAGGAAACAGAUGGAGAAGCUGCCCUCUAAUUCUGCUAUUCAGGAACUUAAAGGAAUCAUGGAGAAUUUUAACAGAACUGUACAACAACCAAAGGCAGCGUCUCCGACAACAACCCGAGACGACGAGCUGCAGAGGAUUCUGCUGAGGCGGCGGGACGCGCUGGACGCCUGACACAAAGGUCAGCGUCCUCGUGUCUCCCCGCAGUGUGGCGCUGCCUGAGGAUCCACGUGUACAGAGGAUGUGGGUGACUGAAGACUAAUAUGGAGUGUUAUUACCCAGCCUUUUACAUCAGUGCACACUUACAAUAACCUCUGACUGUAUUGAUGAGAUUACAGUCAGAUGCAUUCUUGGUCACCGUCAGAGGGAAAGACACGUUCCUGCUGCUAUGAAGAAGAGUCAGAAGUGUGUCAGUAACUCCCGCUGGACUGUUUGCUUCCAGUAAAAUAAAGGCAUGUAUCGCACA